ACUUACAUAAAACUUUCGGGGAUGCAACUUCAAUAUAAUAAAUACCGACGGAGUUUUUUGUUUUUUUUUUACAAAAUCCAUCGAUGGUUUUGCAUUCAACUCUUACUGUCUGCGAACUCACCGAUGCGGUCGUCUGACAGCAGAGAAAAGAGCAAACACAGUAGAUGCGUUAGAUACGCUUCUAGCGAAUAAUCAUCGCUGUCUGAAACAUUUGACCACAGUCUGAGCCAUGGAGUUGUCUGAACUACUGUACAACAAAGCGGAGUACAUUGAGACGGCGUCUGGCAACAAAGUGAGCAGACAGUCGGUGCUGUGCGGGAGUCAGAAUAUCGUCCUCAAUGGAAAAACCAUCGUCAUGAACGACUGCAUCAUCAGAGGGGACCUGGCUAACGUCAGGGUGGGCAGACACUGUGUUGUAAAGAGUCGCAGUGUCAUUCGUCCUCCUUUCAAAAAGUUCAGCAAAGGGGUGGCGUUCUUCCCGCUACACAUCGGAGACCACGUCUUCAUUGAGGAGGACUGUGUGGUCAACGCAGCACAGAUUGGGUCCUAUGUCCACAUCGGCAAGAACUGUGUCAUAGGCCGUCGCUGCGUUCUGAAGGACUGCUGUAAGAUCUUGGACAACACUGUGCUUCCUCCUGAGACAGUGGUGCCGCCUUUCACCAUCUUCUCCGGAUGCCCAGGUCUGUUUUCAGGAGAGCUCCCAGAGUGCACGCAGGACCUGAUGAUUGACGUCACCAAGAGCUACUACCAGAAGUUCCUACCCCUCAGCCAGAUCUGAGACACGCCUUCAAAAGCCUUUAGCAGGUUCCAGGUCAGGUUGAAUCCUGACUUUCAGACUGAAAUAGACUCUGAGUGCUCACCAUCUUUCCCUCAUCUCCCAGAGGCCUUGAGUUUCUCUGCUCAAGGAAAAACUAUUGGUCCUGUUAAGAUAUAUACGGAUCCGAUUAAUGGGAUAUGAGGAACUGCAGAAGACAGUUCUGUUUGUUUCUAGAAUGCAGUGAGACCCUUUUAGUCUGAUAAAUUUGGAAGCCUAUUGUAUAUAGUGUUGUUACCAAACUGAACAGUCACGCUCAUGAUUAUUAUCUUGAGAUGAAACUCUAUCCAUCUAUUGAUUCUAUGAAUGCGGUGAUUUUCUAAGGAAAAGUGCUUAUGUUUAUUUAUGAUAUUUCCCUGGUCAUUGUGCUCAAGGUCCUCCGUAUGGCUGCUGAUAAUCACAGAGAGUAGUUUGUGUCGGACGUUGUCGCUCUUUGGCAGCAGCAGUGGGGGGAGAUGAGGAGGUGGAGGGUGGAGGUGUUUGAAGGACGUGGGGAACACACACAACAUCAAAUGGACCAAAACAACAGCAACAACAUUUGUUUAUAAGGAUCUUGGCUGAACAUGUGUGUUAGUUAUAUCCACAGUUCGGCAGUACAACUGUUUUAGUCACCGUCAUUUUAUUUCUAAUGUCUAAAAAUGUGUCUUGAUGCCAGUUGAUCUCACCUUUACUGGCUCACCUUGUUUUUAAUGGAGUUGGAGUUAAAUCUCGAUAUUGUUCAAACAAUCAAAUCCAGCGCAGCAUUGAUUUGAAUAUGUUGUGGUUGAACGAUGGCCCCGUGUUUUGCAUCUGUUGUUUUCAGUGAACAUUAUAAUAGUCAGAGCCAACAUCACAAAUUAUGAAGCAUAUAAAUAAAUACAACUUCUUGAAAAUCUG